UUGAACACAAACUGGUUGUCUGUCAUGUUGGAAAGUGUCAGAAUAUUUUUUCGUUCUUAUAUUAUCAAUUUAAUAAGCUUAUUUUAUUAAAUUAGUCAUAUUAAUGGUAGCAAUCAAAUGCAUUAGCUAAUGCCAAAGCUCCUAGUGUGUGAAACAACUUUGUGUUAAACGUGUGUAGUGAGAGUAGCUGUUCCCAAGUAGAGUGCCAAUAAAUCGUAGGAAAAGAUAUGCUGUUUUGUUGAUAAGUUACUGCUCCUUCAUUGGCCGUUAACGGGUGUUUUGCACUGAGCUGGUAAUGACGUGUUGUUUCUGGGUCGAUCGUCAGCAAAAGAACAACAACGACAUCGAAUGAAAAUAAUAGCGGUUCCUUAUGAGUACACUAAUACCAGCCAGGAGGCAAAAAGCAGACGAGUUCAGUUGUACUUCCAAAGUAGCGGCCGGAGAGCAGAACAAUAUUCUUCGGAGAAUCAGUUCCAGUAUCAAGCCGUGGGAAAAACAAACCUACUCGUCGAGUUCACCAAAACCGCAAUACGUUGGGAAUGCUCCUUUGGAAAAUUCAGAAGCAGGAAACACGUCGUCUGAGUUGACGAAAAUUAUUGGUACUGAUGACGAUAGUAAAUGUUUCAGUCAACAUGAAAAUGCAACAGACGACGUGGAACAAAUCCCUUCGAGUGAUAUUGUUGUAAAGUAUCAUUACGAUAGUGGAGCAAACCAGAAUAGUACCGGUGGUAGUAUCGACAACAACCUAAAUCGAAGGCAUAGUCGAAUCAGUAUGAUUAUUAUCUACGGCCGGGAAGCAUUGUGUAUUCUGGCGCUAAUACUAACGACUUACGCGUCUAUACAGAAUAGUCACCCCAGAAUAUCUAAAGCACCACCUCCUACGCCUUUCUUCUCACGUGGCUCCUUAAUCCACGAUUGGCCUUCGGGUGCACUGGGUCCCACGCAAACACGUGUCUCCCAAUCGGAGCUAUCGUUCGUGUUCUACUAUGCACCAUGGUGCGCUGAAAGUCAGCAUGCUCGAUCGGUCUACGAACACGUCUCGCGGUUGUACUAUCGGGAAGCUCACUUUGCCGCUAUCAAUUGCUGGCAGCCGGGAGGUGAGUGCCGUUUGCAGUACUCGAAGGUACAGUCUUGGCCGGUACUGAUGGCCUAUCAACCGAACGGGCUAGCCGUACAGUACCACCAGGCUUGGACUGAUGCGGCACUAGGGCGGUUUGUGCAAUCGCUUAUCACGCCCAUCCAGCGGCUAACUGGUCCCGGUGAUCUAAUGAGUUUUAUGUCCGGGAAGGAUGCGGUUGUGGUAGCGUUUUUGGAAAUGAAUGAAAACGCCAAACAGUACAGUCGAUUCUAUCAAACGUCAAUGAAAUGGCUGGAAAAAGAUCCGUUUCAAGAAGUAGCGUUCGGAGUUGUCACAGGAGAGUCUUCCAUUGCGUUUGGGGUAGAUGAAGUACCAGCGAUUCGGCUACAUCUCUGGAAUGAGACAAUCGAAUUCACUGGAAAUAAUUCAUGGACUACGCAGGAACUUACCGCUUGGAUCAAUAAACAUAUCCAGGUUGUUUCAAUGUGGAUUGCUCCUCCUGGUGCCACCAAAUCAUCUUCCUUGGCACCAUAUUUCAAUCAGGGUCCAGUGCUGUUUUAUUUCACCCCACGCUCUUUGUACGGCAGUACUUCGGAUGCAUAUAUGUUGCUACGUCAGCUGGGAAUGCAAUAUUAUAAUUGUCGCGGCGAUCUUUGGGUCGAAGAAAUGGCGAAAAGAUAUAUUGCCGAACAGCGGCGCAUCAACGGGGAAACUUAUGUCCAGUCGAGAAAAGAGUGUGAGAUAAUGCUUAGGCGACAUCGCUCGCAGGAGAACAAGGAAACCAAUGAAGGGAAAAAUGGGUGCAGGACUGCCAGCAAGUCAACAAUUGCGGUUUCUUUUGUGAAUGUUUUGAACUCGUCAAAGUUUACUGAAGGACGACAAAAGGGUCGUUCGCUCGGUGGGGGCCCGAAUGAUUUUUGCGAAGUUGAACGGCCAAAGUGUGAUGAACGAUAUUACGAAUGCAGCAUUGGUGCGGAAGAAUCGGUAGAUAUAACUGACGAAAGUUGUACAAAUGGAAAGCGGAGGCAUUCGAGCUUUUUAGUUUCACAGAAUCAUGAUGCACAGGAGAAAAAGCAUGAGACUUCCAUGUUGGACUCCGAUCAGGAUUAUCGCGGGUCGAAACUCCUCCGAAAAGAAUACCUUCGCAGGCAAUGUGAACUUCAGCAGAUGAGUGAGCUGGACAAUAACGAUAUUUUCUUCCAAGAGCCCAUCACACAGGAUGAUAGCUAUCUAGAUUUAAUCAGAGGAAUAUCAUGCAAGUAUAACAAAACUUUGACCUUUUUGGGGAUGGAUAGCGCAUUGUAUCAUGCAUUUGCCGAAAGACUAGGUGUGGACGUUCUAAAUCAACCAAACAGAUCGGUGGUAAUGAUUGUAGACCAUGAGGAUGAAUCAACGUAUCUGCUAAGAGAGGAGAUCAGUUUGGCUUCGAUAGCCAAAUUUGUGCAUGAUUUUUACAAUCGAACGUACCCACGUUUUUUGAGGUCAAAUAACGUGUCCUUCAGAAACACUCACUCCUUCAAUACGACCGAAAUACGCAGGGAAAGCAAAAGGACAGCUAGAGAAAAAAAUGUUUCGUCUAAUAACGCUGAUAUCAAGCAGCAAAAUGUGACACACGAAAGAACAAACAGAGUAUCUCAAGGUGCAACUGGCAAACAAUUAUUCCAGCAUCACUUAAUGCGAGAGAUCAAUUCUCAUAAUUUUUAUCCUGCUGUAAUUAACUCAAAUAAGACUGUCAUCGUUCAUUUCUACUCAACUCAAUGUGCCUUCUGCAGCGUGCUCUCCCAGCAUCUACUAACCGUGUCGAGAAUGCUUCGACAUCAGCCACGACUGGAGUUUGUCCGCAUCGAUGGUGACAAGAACGAUCUACAGUGGGAAUACAGCAUGGAUGCAUUCCCAACUCUGAUAAUUUUUCCUAGUCAACGAAAAUCCGAGAGUCGCAUGUUCUCUCGUGAGCUUCAGAUGACAGUUCCAAACGUUCUGGGAUUCAUCCUAGCAAAUUUGAGUCCUCCCGAACGAAUUCACGCAAACUAUCUGAUUUGCGACGCCGUGCAGCAUUUGCCGUCCCGCGAUGAUUGUCUGCUCGCCAUGAAACGAGAACUUGGCGAUAGCAUUUCUUUAAAUCUUCGGCUAUAUCGACUGACUGCCAAUCGUCCAUCCAGGGCCGCUCAAGUUCUGCGCCGGCUACAGAUUUUGCAAGAGUUCUAUCUCAACACGCUAAGAUGUCUUAGUCAUUCCUGUGAUUUUACCCUAUUUAAAAACAGUGCUAAAACAAUCCUAACCAUGUGGAGGAUUCCGGUGUAAAAUAAACAAUUAGUACAUUUUAGGAAAAAUAAACAGUUGCUUUUGUUCUCCUAACCGCUCAUCGGCGCCUUUGAGAUGUUGAUAUUAUGCAACCAUUAUAUUCUACGGUUUUAUUCUGUUUCAGAAUUUAUUUGCUUAGUUACUUGUUCGUUUAUUGCAACAUUCGUUCCUUUAACUUUUUUAAUCGCAUUCAAUUCAUGUUUUGAUUGGCCAAAAUUGAAUAUCUCUGAGUAAAUGAUUGGAGUAAGGCCUUGAUAACACAAUAAUAAAAAUUGAAGAAUAAUUCGUAGAAAUUGCAUGCAAACUAUUUUUGAAAUCUUUUUUUUUUCUUAUAGCCUUAGAGAGGAGCAAAAUAAGUUUUAGGCUAAACCACAGAUGUUAUAUUCAAUAAUUUAUUGAGAACGCUAAUUCGAAGAGAAUUAACCGCUAAUAUAUUUUCUUUUUGAGUUACAAAUUGUA